CGCUCGGAAUUGUGGGCGACUCGGCUAAUGGCGUCGGCAAGCCUGAGGAGCCUGAGGAGCCUGAGGAGCCUGAGGAGCCUGAGGAGCCUGGAGAGCCAGAGCUGAAGCUCCUCACUCGGUUGACUGGUGACGCCUAGUGUGGCUGGGCCCGCGACAGCGGGAGGGACCUGCCCGGCUGGUAGGCUUCUUGGCCAGCGCUGGCGCAGCCUAGCUGGGCGGGACGACUGCGGGGGCGCCUCCGUCUGGAUAGGGGGUGUUACGAGGAGGCUGCGCGGGGCCCUCGGCUUGCUCCGGGUUCGCAGCCCAGGCCCGGCAGAGUCCUGUGAGCCCAAGAGGCGAGCUGCACCCGGGCCUGGGGGCGCCGGAGGGGAGCUGCGCGUCGCCCAGAGGAGCUGACAGUGCCUGAGCUUGCUUGUGUAGCUCAGAAAUCUGCUCGGACCUGGGGGGAUCAUGUCCGGCACCAACAGCCCCGAGGCGGUGAAGAAGCUGUUGGAGAAUAUGCAGAGCGACUUGCGGGCCUUGUCACUGGAGUGCAAGAAGAAAUUCCCACCUGUCAAAGAGGCUGCUGAAUCAGGAAUAAUAAAAGUUAAAACAAUAGCUGCAAGAAACACCGAAAUUUUGGCAGCAUUGAAAGAAAACAGCUCAGAGGUUGUACAGCCUUUCCUAAUGGGUUGUGGAACAAAGGAACCGAAGAUCACUCAGCUGUGUUUGGCCGCCAUCCAGAGACUCAUGUCACAUGAAGUUGUAUCUGAGACUGCCGCUGGGAAUAUAAUCAACAUGCUUUGGCAGCUAAUGGAAAAUAGUCUUGAAGAACUUAAGCUACUUCAAACAGUUCUUGUUCUUUUAACAACCAAUACAGUAGUUCAUGAUGAGGCGCUUUCUAAGGCAAUCGUCCUUUGUUUUCGACUACACUUCACAAAAGAUAAUAUUACAAAUAAUACAGCUGCUGCUACAGUGCGACAAGUUGUUACUGUUGUUUUUGAGAGAAUGGUUGCUGAAGAUGAACGCCACAAAGAUGACAUAGAACAACCAGUACCAGUCCAAGGCAAUAGUAACAGGAGAUCUGUCAGUACCCUCAAACCAUGUGCUAAAGAUGCAUAUAUGCUCUUCCAGGACCUUUGUCAGUUGGUUAAUGCUGAUGCCCCUUACUGGCUAGUGGGCAUGACGGAAAUGACUCGGACAUUUGGCCUCGAAUUGCUUGAGUCAGUCCUCAAUGAUUUUCCACAAGUCUUUUUACAUCACCAGGAAUUUAGCUUCCUCCUGAAAGAAAGGGUGUGUCCGCUUGUGAUAAAGCUCUUUUCUCCAAAUAUAAAGUUCAGACAAGGUUCCAGUACUUCAUCUUCCCCAGCACCAGUUGAAAAACCAUACUUUCCUAUCUGCAUGCGUUUGCUGAGAGUAGUAUCUGUUCUGAUUAAGCAGUUUUACAGUCUUUUGGUAACUGAAUGUGAGAUAUUUCUGUCACUUCUGGUAAAGUUUCUGGAUGCAGAUAAACCACAGUGGCUACGAGCUGUUGCAGUAGAAUCAAUACACAGACUCUGUGUGCAGCCUCAGCUGUUAAGGUCAUUUUGUCAGUCCUAUGAUAUGAAACAGCAUUCCACCAAGGUUUUUCGUGAUAUUGUGAAUGCACUGGGAUCUUUUAUCCAGUCCUUGUUUCUUGUCCCUCCUACUGGAAAUCCUGCUACAACCAACCAAGCUGGAAACAAUAAUUCAGGUGGCCCAGUCUCAGCACCAGCUAACUCAGGAAUGGUGGGGAUUGGUGGAGGUGUUACAUUGCUACCAGCAUUUGAAUAUAGAGGAACUUGGAUACCUAUUCUGACUGUAACAGUUCAAGGCAGUGCUAAAGCCACCUACCUAGAGAUGUUGGACAAAGUUGAGCCCCCAACUAUUCCAGAAGGCUAUGCCAUGUCUGUGGCAUUCCAUUGUUUGCUGGAUCUUGUCCGUGGAAUCACUAGUAUGAUUGAAGAAGAGUUAGGAGAGGUUGAAACAGAAUGUCAUUCUACCACUGAAGCAGCUUCUUCACCAACACAAUCAUCAGAACAGCAAGAUUUACAGUCAGCAUCAGACCAAAUGGAGAAGGAAAUAGUUAGUAGAGCUGUUUGGGAAGAAAUGGUGAAUGCUUGCUGGUGUGGUCUUCUCGCUGCACUCUCACUCCUCCUUGAUGCCAGCACAGAUGAGGCUGCCACUGAGAACAUUUUAAAAGCUGAACUGACUAUGGCUGCUCUUUGUGGAAGACUGGGCCUUGUAACUUCAAGAGAUGCCUUUAUAACUGCAAUAUGUAAAGGUUCUUUGCCUCCACAUUAUGCUCUUACUGUAUUGAAUACCACAACUGCAGCUUCACUUUCUAAUAAAUCAUAUUCUAUUCAGGGCCAAAGUGUUAUGAUGAUCAGUCCAUCAAGUGAGUCUCACCAGCAAGUUGUGGCAGUGGGUCAACCUCUAGCAGUCCAGCCUCAGGGAACAGUAAUGCUUACUUCCAAAAAUAUCCAGUGUAUGCGGACUCUACUUAACUUGGCCCAUUGCCACGGGGCUGUCCUUGGAACAUCGUGGCAGCUUGUCUUGGCAACUCUUCAGCAUCUUGUAUGGAUUCUGGGAUUAAAGCCUAGUAGUGGUGGUGCCUUGAAACCCGGAAGAGCUGUAGAAGGACCCAGUACAGUUCUAACAACAGCAGUGAUGACAGAUUUACCAGUGAUUUCCAAUAUACUUUCAAGAUUAUUUGAAAGCUCACAGUAUCUUGAUGAUGUAUCAUUGCAUCAUUUAAUAAAUGCACUUUGUUCCUUAUCUCUAGAAGCAAUGGAUAUGGCCUAUGGAAAUAAUAAGGAACCAUCUCUUUUUGCUGUUGCCAAAUUGUUAGAAACUGGCCUAGUUAAUAUGCACCGAAUAGAAAUUUUAUGGCGCCCUCUAACUGGCCAUUUACUUGAGAAGGUCUGCCAACAUCCAAACUCUCGAAUGAGAGAAUGGGGAGCAGAAGCUUUAACUUCACUUAUUAAAGCAGGAUUAACAUUUAACCAUGAUCCUCCACUUUCACAGAACCAGAGGCUGCAAUUGCUUUUAUUGAACCCAUUAAAGGAGAUGUCCAAUAUUAACCAUCCAGAUAUACGACUCAAACAAUUAGAAUGUGUGUUGCAGAUUCUGCAGAGCCAGGGAGACAGUCUUGGGCCUGGUUGGCCCUUAGUUCUUGGAGUCAUGGGAGCAAUUAGAAAUGAUCAAGGAGAAUCCUUGAUACGAACUGCAUUCCAGUGUCUUCAGUUGGUUGUUACAGAUUUUCUACCAACAAUGCCUUGCACUUGCCUGCAGAUAGUUGUAGAUGUUGCAGGUAGCUUUGGACUUCAUAACCAAGAACUUAAUAUUAGUUUAACUUCAAUAGGUUUAUUAUGGAAUAUUUCAGAUUAUUUUUUCCAAAGAGGGGAAACUAUUGAAAAAGAAUUAAAUAAAGAAGAGGCAGCACAGCAAAAGCAGGCAGAAGAGAAAGGAGUGGUUUUAAAUCGGCCAUUCCACCCUGCACCACCAUUUGAUUGCUUGUGGUUAUGUCUUUAUGCAAAAUUGGGUGAACUCUGUGUGGACCCCCGCCCUGCUGUCAGGAAGAGUGCAGGACAAACUCUGUUUUCUACAAUUGGUGCACAUGGAACUUUGUUACAACAUUCAACCUGGCACACUGUUGUUUGGAAGGUACUCUUUCAUUUACUGGACCAAGUUCGAGAAUCUUCUACCACUGCAGAUAAAGAAAAGAUUGAAUCUGGAGGUGGCAAUAUUCUUAUUCAUCACUCAAGGGAUACAGCAGAGAAGCAAUGGGCUGAGACAUGGGUAUUAACUUUGGCUGGAGUAGCCAGAAUCUUCAACACUAGAAGAUACUUACUACAACCUUUAGGGGAUUUUUCAAGAGCUUGGGAUGUUCUUCUUGACCAUAUACAAUCAGCAGCACUCAGCAAAAACAAUGAAGUAUCUCUGGCUGCUCUGAAAAGCUUCCAAGAAAUUUUACAGAUUGUGUCCCCUGUUAGAGACUCAGAUAAGCCUGAAACACCUCCUGUAGUUAAUGUGCCUAUGCCUGUCCUUAUAGGGUCCAUAUCAGGCCCUGGCCUGAGCAGGCCAUUUGUAAGAACAGAUUCCAUUGGAGAAAGACUGGGGAGAUGCAGUAGCUCUGAGCUACCCAUAGUUACUGAUGAACUUGAAGAUUUGAAUCUCUGGUGGGCUGCGUGGAAUACCUGGUAUAGAAUUGGAUCUGAAAGUACUAAGCCUCCUAUUACUUUUGAUAAACUAACUUUUAUUCCCAGCCAGCCUUUUCUUACAGCUUUAAUUCAGAUAUUUCCAGCUCUCUAUCAACACAUAAAGACUGGUUUCAACAUGGAUGACUUGCAAAAGUUGGGGGUCAUAUUGCACAGUGCAGUUUCAGUCCCAAUAAGUUCAGAUGCAUCCCCUUUCAUUCUUCCAUCUUAUACGGAAGCAGUUCUUACAAGUUUACAGGAAGCUGUACUUACAGCUUUAGAUGUUCUCCAAAAGGCCAUCUGUGUAGGACCAGAAAACAUGCAGAUAAUGUAUCCAGCUAUAUUUGACCAGUUGUUGGCAUUUGUAGAAUUUUCCUGUAAACCUCCACAGUAUGGACAACUAGAAACAAAGCACAUUGCAAAUGCAAAAUAUAAUCAGAUCCAACUAUUUGCACCGGCAGAAUGGGUAGCGUUGAAUUAUGUACCGUUUGCUGAAAAGUCUUUAGAAGUAGUUGUGGAUUUAUACCAAAAAACAGCCUGUCAUAAAGCAGUGGUGAAUGAGAAAGUUCUCCAGAAUAUAAUUAAGACUCUUAGGGUUCCUCUCAGUUUGAAGUAUUCCUGUCCUUCUGAAAGCACAUGGAAACUAGCAGUAUCUUCUCUCCUCAAAGUUCUUUCUAUUGGGCUCCCUGUUGCCCGGCAACAUGCUUCUUCUGGAAAAUUUGACAGUAUGUGGCCAGAACUAGCCAACACUUUUGAAGACUUUCUUUUUACUAAAAGCAUACCUCCUGAUAAUCUCUCUAUUCAAGAAUUUCAAAGAAAUGAAAGUAUUGAUGUUGAGGUAGUUCAGCUGAUCAGCACUGAGAUACUACCUUAUGCCAAUUUUAUUCCUAAGGAAUUUGUUGGUCAGAUAAUGACUAUGCUUAACAAGGGCUCAAUACAUUCGCAGUCCUCUUCAUUUACAGAAGCAGAGAUUGAUAUUCGUUUGAGAGAAGAAUUUUCUAAAAUGUGUUUUGAAACAUUGCUUCAGUUUUCCUUCAGUAAUAAGGUCACAACACCUCAAGAAGGCUACAUCUCACGAAUGGCACUCUCAGUGCUUUUAAAGAGGUCUCAGGAUGUUCUGCAUCGCUAUAUAGAGGAUGAAAGAUUAAGUGGUAAAUGCCCUCUUCCAAGGCAACAAGUAACAGAAAUCAUAUUUGUUUUAAAAGCAGUCAGCACUCUCAUUGAUUCACUUAAGAAAACUCAGCCAGAGAAUGUUGAUGGGAAUACUUGGGCCCAAGUAAUUGCCUUAUACCCAACUUUAGUAGAAUGCAUCACCUGCUCAUCUUCGGAAGUCUGCUCUGCACUUAAAGAGGCACUGGUUCCCUUUAAGGAUUUCAUGCAUCCACCAGCAUCCAAAGUUCAAAAUGGAGAAUCUUGAUCAUCUACAAUAUAUUUGAAGGAAGAAAGAUAUCCUUAAGAAUGUUCCUGAGUCUUCUAUAAGAAGGACAUUUCUUAUUACAAAAAAAUUCUUGGCAGCUGUUGUUUGCCACCUUUAAAUUGUAAUUGCCUGGGUUCUAUAAUUCAUAUUAUAAGCUUACACAGCAACACUUCUGAAUGAGUAGCUCUGUGAGCCUUUAAUGAGUUAAACUGGUGGGAGGGAGUUAGUACCACAAAAUAGCUACCAUAUCUUUUAAUUGGUGAUUCAAAAGUGAGCUUAUGUACAGUUUGUGGUGUAUGUGUUAAUGAUGUACUUUUUUUAAUGAAAGAAAAGAUAUUUCAAUUCAGAUUUAUUAGGCUGGUAUUUUUCCACCCUUUUUCAAGUGCAAAAUUGUACUAAAAUUUUAUGCAAGAUGGUACUGUAACAUUCCAUAUUAUUUACAACCAGCCUUUCUAAACAAAGGGAACUGAUAUACCUGUGUGUAUAAUAAAUAGUACAGUUCUAUAUAAAAUAGUUGCAUUUAUUUAAAUUUUUAAAAUAUUGAUAAUGUUAAAUGCUUGAAGCUGUAUUUAUUAAUACAAAAUUGUUUGCUUACAUUUUUACUUAUAAUUUGUCUUCUUAUGUGCAGGCAAGCUUACCUUGUCAUCAGUUAGCUUUCAUGCUUAUUUUAAAUGUAUUAUCAGUGAUCAUUAAACAUUUGACCAGAAAGUUCAUGUGAACACAGCAGCAAAUAGUUUAUGAUUUGCUGACUUUGCAGCUUUGAAAGAAAAGUUAUUAAUUUGAUACAUUGAGAUAUAUUGUAGCACUGACUCCAUCAUACCUCAUUUCUUUAAAUAUCUCUUCAAGCCUUCACUUGUCUGUUUUUAUAUUUGCUGUCUGAAUUUUAAAGACUUUUCAUAUUUUAUAUCUCUACUGCUUUUUUCUUGUGACUAACAUUUGUCAUUGUCUUUGAAUUACAACCCAGGCAAAAUGAUUUCAGAUGUCCUAAAAUUUUGCCUGUGAGGUUUUCUUGAUUUCUGUGCUUCAUUUUGUAAUGUCUUCUCAAGAAGAAAAAUAACUACACUCUCCUACAAGUAUAAAAUGCGUGUGUGUGUACAAAUGGAUGGAUGUAUGUAUAUUAAAACAAUGACAGGUGUACUUUUGGAGAUACUGAAGCACUUAGAAGUGUAGUAAGUAAUGGAAUUAUGGAGUCAGAUGCUAAUUUUGUAUCACUUUCCUAUUCAAGUGGAGAAGAGUAAGUGCUCUUGAGUGUAUUGUUUCUUUAAAAAAACUGACAUUGACUUAUCUCAGUAUAUUUUCUAAUUAAUGGACUAUCCUAUUACUAUAUUUUUCUUCUCAGUUAAAUUUUCAUAAUCACUUAUGUGAAGAAAUGAAGAUGUUUAAAACAUUGAUUUUUUUCAUAUGAAAUCAUAAUGGCAUUGGUAUUAUUUUAAUGUACUAGAGGGCUUUUGAUUUUAAUAGUAUUUAUCAAUUUCAGCCUCUGCAGAAUAAUCAUAAAAUUAUAAGAAGCUAUUAAAAUUGAGUAAUGAAUGAGAUAGUUUUGUGGAUAUUGUAAUUAUAUAAUUAUUUAAUUUGCACUAUUAUCUAUAACUGUGCAUGCAGUAAGGCCUUUUUUGAGGUAAUAUUUUAUUUACAUGAAUCAAUGAAUUUCUAUUUUAUUAUUUGCACCUAAGACUAGGGUAAAAUAUGUCAUUUUAUAUUUUCUGCUUUUAGCAUUCUCCUUACAGUUGUAACAAAAAAAACUGCUCAAGUUGUGUAGUCUAUUUUCUAUACUUGGAUAUGUUAAAUUGGGGACUUGAAAAAUACAGAUAUCAUUGAUAAAGUAUUGAAAUAGAAUAACAAAGAUUGUAUACUAUUUCAAUAACAUGUUAAAAAUAUUGCCAUGAAUUUACAUGAAGUAAUAGUAUGUCUAUUCUUGAGAAGUGAGAUUAAUUUCAAUUGGAAUAAUUAUUCGCCAGUGAAAGUUAAGUAUGAGUCAAGCAUAUACAACAUACAUUUAUAUAACCGAGAAUUUUGACCUAAUACUAUAUUUGCUUUCAGCACCAGGACCAUACCUUACACUUCAAAACGUGAAUGGGAUGAAUGUGUUAAUACAGUAAUCAGUGCUAUCUUAUUAAGUAAGUAGGCUAUCCCUGUGGUACAAUAACUGACAGGAUUUUCUUCCCAGAAUAUCUCCCAUAACUCUCCAGGAGCCAGUAUUAGCAGUAUAUGACACUGAAUCAAGCAUUCUUCUAGGCUCUAUUUUCUAAAAUAUCCUAAUCCUUAGAAAGUUAAAACAUUCCCCUUAAUUUGUUUUCUUUAGUUUCUUUUUUUGGUACCAGGGAUCGAACUUGGGACCUGGUGCUUGCGAGGCAGGCGCUGGAACCACGGAGCUAAAUCCCUGGCCCUCCCCUUAAUUUGUUAGUAUGAGUAGAGUUCUUCACUAAGUAGAACUGUGUUUUGUGAGAUUAGUAGAUGCUGGGAGAUUCCAAAAGAAGCUUUCAAAGGUAUGUUCAUUUUGCUGCACAGCUGAGUCCAUAACUAGUCCUUGAGCAGUUGCAGCUGUGUCCUUGGGUACACAUUAGAAAAAUCGAAGCAGUUUAAGCCUCACAUCAUCACUUUUUGUCCCUGAUGGUACGUAUGCUUCAUAGGUUGUUGGAUAAUAGUCAUAGGCCAACAAUUGGUUUUAGGUCCUUUUCUGUUUUGUCCAUUUUAAAGGUAAGCUAAUUAUUAGCUUGCAUAGAUUUACUUUUUAGUUUUCAAUAAUGCUAUCACUGCCAAGAAAGAAAAGGUCAUUUUUAGUGUCUUAUUUAGUAUUCCUUUAUAACUAGUGUUAAAGUUCUAUUAAUUUUACUGUAUACAUUUAUUAGAAAUUAAAUGCCAAAAGGAAAAAAAGUGCUGUAAAGUCUGACUCAGAAUUGCUUUUCAUUUGCUUUGAUUUUUAAUUUUAUUACAUUAAUAGCUAACAUCUGUUGUUUCUCACCCAUUUUUUUCCCCCUUUGUGGUUACUGAAUCAGCUCUUAACUAUAUUCUUUAAAUUGUAUGUAUCAUCAGAAGGAAGAUAUGAGCAAUUACAUGUAUAUAUUUUAUCUUGGAAAAUAACAUUCACUUUAGCAGGCUAAUAACGUCUACAUUAUUUGUCCUUUCUCACAUGACCUGAAGAGUAUUUUGUUCAUUGUCACAAUUUGGCAUUGCUAGUUCCAGGUAAUCUUUGGGUCAGAAGGUCAGCUAAGAAACAGAAUAAGUAGCAUAAAUUAUUGAAGCAUGCUAGAAAACAACUCAAAAGUACUCCCAAUUAGUGAUUAUUACAUUUGUAUUAAUGAAGGGUUGUGAAGUUAUUGUAAAAUGGCUGAAUAAAGCCCAAUUGUAGAGUAAUUCAGAUGGACAACCAAAUCCUUAAGAGACUUAUAGACAAAGUCUGUUUAGCCAAGCCAGAACCAGCCUGCCUGCAGUUGCCACAUAAGUUAACUAGUAGUUUAGAAGCUCAAGAAUGGAUCAAAAUGUUUAGGUCUUGAAUAUUGUGGAUUAUAGCUUCUUAUAGAAAACUACAGAUGUGGACAAAAACUGUUCUCUUUGAAAGCAUUGCCAGCAGCCUAAUAGAGUCUUUAGAUUUCCAUUUAUAUUUGGCAGUUUUGACCAUGUGCUUCUCUUGUAUAAAGUACUACAUUUUACUAUGCUUAGUAUUGAUGGGUUGUAUUUGUCUACACUAUCAGAGUGGAUUUUGCCUUUUUAAAAUUGCCAUUUGUGCAAAGAACAGGAGUUCAUACAACACAGUGUGUUACCAGCUUAUAUAUGGUGGGUAAAUAGUUUUUAAUGCUUCAUAAUCAUUUGAAUUAAAAUUUGAUACCUCUGGAAAGCAAAGUGGUGCUUUAAUUUUGAAUGAAAAAUUUUUAUUGUGUAGGAAAGACAGCUAAUGUCUUUGUGUCCUGACUUACAUACAAACCACCUAUAGGAGUUAGACAAAUUCCUUAUAAAUCCAGUGAUUUUGAAUGUAAUAGCAGUGUUGGGUUUUUAAAAGAGCAUAUGGUGCGUCUUUUGCAAAUAUGAAUACUCUUAGUAAUCUUGACUAAUUGUAAAGCAGUGACAAACCAAUAUUUUGCCUUUUAUUUAACUUUAAGCAUGUUCACUUUUCAAAGCCUCUGUUUCUUUAUUUCUAAAAUAGAGAUGAUAAUUCUUCAGAGGAAUAAUUUGAGUUUGGAUUUAUUUCAAAAUGACAUUGUUAGUAUAAUUAUUCAGGUUGUUUGAUAAAUUUAUUACUGUGUCCUGAGAGAGAUUUUUGACUGUUUUCCUUUUUCCUGGGCAUCACUUUAUUCCUUCUGUUAAAUUUUGUUGUUGUUGUUACUGGGGAUUGAACUCAGGACUAUUGUGCUUGCCAGGCAGGCAUGGUGCCACUGAGGUAAAUCCCCAGACCCCCUCUGUUAAAUUUUUUUAAAUUAUAUGUUCACUCUCUUACUUUUUCCUUAUUCUUCCUCUUUUUAUUCUUCUUUCAUUCCCUGCCUCUUCUCAUUCAGUUCUUUCUCUAAUUUCACUUAUUCCUUUAUUAUGAGAAGCAGAGCAGGUCGUGGUAAAACCCCUACUGACUGCCUUCCUACUAAAUGAGAUUUUGGAAGGCAGGUAUUUCCGAAAUUGCAAAGGUGAAAUUCCCCUGCCAUUUCAAAAUAGUAGAACAAGUUAAAGUAAUUUAUAACUGUAGUUUCUACUAUCCUUCUGAAUCCACAGGAUUCAGCAGCUGACAUGUUCACAAAAUGGGAUUGCUUUAAUAUGAUAGAUUCAACACCUAAACUUGGAAUAGUCAUGUCUGCUGUGAUGUGGAUAAAGAGAUGAUGCCACUUUUCUCAAAGAAGAGUAUUUAAAAUCUAAAUUACAUGAAUUUUUUGUUUUAUGAUUUUUUUCCUUUUUUUUUUUUUGGUCUUUGUAGGUGAGUUCUUUUGUUUCUAGAGGAAAGUCCUUUGAACUAUUCUAGAUUUAUGUUAUGUAAAUAUUAUUGAUUUAUAAUAUUUGGACUGCUUGUCUUCAAAAACUAUUUGAGGCAUCAUAUUGCCCCUAUAUGUAUAUAUGUAUUGCUCCUAUUGCUAAUUUUCUGUUGCAAAACAGUAAUUUUGAUGGAAGACCUAGAAUGUUACAAUUCUUAAUUUCUGAGUCUUUCUAGAAUAUAUUUGCUUUCCAUAUCCUUGUUGCUUAUGGUGACACAGUGGUCAACUGAAAUAUUCCUAAUUUUACUAAGUGAUUAUAGUCUCUCAGGUAAGAAGAAGAUUAUUGAAUUUACAGUUGCUGCAAAUGUAGUUUCAUUUAGUUUUAUUUUAAACUAAAAGUGUAUGCAUACCAUGCCAUUAUUUGAAAAAUCGUUGCAAAUAAUAAAAAUUACUUCUUUCUGUGAA